AAGGGGAGCAGGGAGGCAGGCUUUGCCUUUUCUGGUAGUUAAAGUUGCUGAAAGAACAAGCAGGAAUUCUUUGGGCUGCAGAAGAGCUGAGAUAUAAACCAGACAGUAGAAGCUGAAGUAUGACAAAAGAGGAGACACAGUUGUCCAUGGACUAAACUUUAGCUUCUGUUAAGUGAGAACACAAGGAGAAACUUUGGGGCAUCAUGGAUGAUGACUUUGACCGUCGUAUGGAGCUGAGGAGGCAGAGGAGAGAGCAGAUGCGCCUUGAAGCUGAGAAGGGGGGGUUUACCAAUGAUGAUGACGAUGAAGAAGCUCGGGAGCAAAGGAGACGUGCAAGGGAAGAGAGGAAGAAAAUGAGAGACUUAGAGGAGUCUGAAACUACUGAUGUGAACAUGACAAACAGCAUGGAGAGUGAGUCCUCUGGGACUACUGGUGGACUAGCAGAAGAUGACCAGGCUUUGCUGGAGCGCUUGGCCAGGAGGGAGGAGCGCAGGCAGAAGAGAAUGAAGGAAGCUAUGGAGAGACAGAAGGAGACUGACCCCACAAGCAUCACCAACAACUGCACAGACAACUCAAUGGAGGUGCAGCCCUCCAUCACCAGCAGCAGCACAGAACUAAAUACAGAGGACAAAGAGGAAAAGACAGAGGAGGAAUCUACUCAGGAAGACGUGAUAGAGAAUGAUACUAACCCAUGGAGGGUAGAGGAAGAUGAGAAGAAAGAGGAUGAGAAGGUGGAUGUUGUAACAGAGGUGGAGGCUGAGCCGCCCACUGAAGAACAGAAGGAUGCUGAAGAGGAAGCCGCUCCUGAUGUUGACAAUGAGGAAGAGGAAAAGAUGAGGAAAAAGGAAGAGGAAAAGCAGCAAAAAGAGAUGGAAGAAAAACUUAGAAUAGAAGAGGAAGAGAAGAAGAAAAGGGAAACAGAGGAAAAGCUCAAGCGGGAAGAGGAGGAAAGACAACAGAGGGAAGAGGAGAUGAGGAGGAAGAGAGAAGAAGAGGAAAGACAACAAAAGGAAAAGGAAGAGAGACUUAAAAAAGAGGAAGAGGAGAAACGCAAAAAGAGAGAGAUGGAGGAGAAGAAGAAGAAAGAGGAGGAUGAGAAACCGAAGAGAUUUGGAUUUAAGGAGAAGAAUGAACCAGCCAAACAGAACGGAGCUGUGGUUGAAAAUAAAUUUAAGAAAGCAGAAAAGGCAUCCAGCAGGGACAAUAUUCCUGCCAACAAGCAGGAUGACGUGGAGCGACAGGAAGCUGAGCGGAAGCUGCAGGAGCUGAAACAGCGACGAAACAAUGCAGAGAGUGAGGAGUUUGAGAAGAUAAAGCAGAAGCAGCAGGGCGCUGAGGCCGAGCUGGAGGAGCUGAAGAAGAAGCGGGAGGGGAGGAGGAAGAUCCUGGAGGAAGAGGAGAAGCAGAAGAAACUGGAGCAAGAGGAAAAGAAAGCCAAAGAGCAGGAGGAAAGAAAGAGGAUGAAGGAGGAGAUAGAGAAACGCAGAGCGGAGGCUGCAGAGAAAAAGAAACAGAAGGAGGAGGAGCCUACAAAACCUGCGUUCACAGUCAGUCCCAAAGGCUCCUCUAAGAUUGGGGAAAAGGCAGAAUUUUUGAGCAAGUCAGCCCAGAAAAGCACUGCAGCCAGAGUGUCACACACCCCAUUUGUCCCAAAGAUUGGCAACAGAUUGGAGCAAUAUACGUCUGCCAUUCAGGGAAACAAAGAAGUAAAAUCUCCCAAGUCUCCAGUGGCAGAUAUACCUUCAGGAGGCACACGCAGCAUCAAGAGCAUGUGGGAGAAAGGCAAUGCCGGUAGCUCCUCUGAAAGUCCAGCCCCUUCAAACAAGGAUGUAGCCAGUAUUAAAGGAGGUGUGGCAGGACGUGUCAACAGCUGGAUGGCAAAGCCUGCAGAAGCAGAGAAAACAGCAGCACCAGCUGCUGCAGCAGCAACAUCACCAUCACCAGCAGCAGCAGCAAAGCCAGCAGAUGCGAAACCAGGUGACGUUGGUAGCAAGCGUGGCAUGUGGGAAACUAAAAGGAGCUCUACACCAGCCAAGGUCGUGGUUGGAAGCAAGAGCAAGUUUGUGAGUAAUACAGAUGUAAGACCCUAACCGGCAACAUCCCAGCCAAUCCUUACCUGGUCAGGCAGGCCCUUGCUACUGUUUGCAUCUAUGCUCCACCAACACAUCUGCUCUUCACUCAAGGAUGGAGAAAGAGGGUCCAGGCUGAGUGAUAUCAUCAGCUUCCAGCUACUCCCCUACAGUAUAAGUAACUUUUUGCAUAGUUUUCUGUUGCAUAGCCAUCCUUUUAGAUUAUUUUUAAAUAGAAAAUUAAAAUAUUUUAAUGUGGCUUCAGUGUGUUUUACAGAGGCUGAAACCUACUGCAGUCAGUUAUCUUCAUUUAACCACAUCUGAUUUAAACUCACAAGACCACUCCUCUCUAGUCAAGCCAUAAAUUAGUUUUGUUUCCUGCUGUUAAAUGAACACAGAUCUUCACAUAGGGGCUGCUUGCUCUAGCAAACAGUUGCUCAAACAAAGCAAAUGUAACUUCUAAAGAUAUCGGCCAAUCCUUCACUGCAGUCCAACAUCUAAAAACCAUAAGAAAAAAGUCUGUUAUUCACUAGAAAAUACAAAGUUAUUACCUUUUUUCAUGACAAACAUGUUUUUUUAUUACAUGAGAUAACUGUGUUACAGACUUUGAAGGAUUUCUCCCAUCAGCUUCUUGACUGUGUGCACAAACUCAAAAAGCAUGUUGCUCUAUUGAUGUUUUGUUUUGUUUUGUUUUUUUUAGCUCUUUCUGUUUGUGAUUAAUAUAAUUUACUCUGUCAGGAUAAUAAAAUGUUAUUUUGCAAUCAAGCCACAAUAACAUGCCCUGCAAACUCAUGAUGCAUUUGGCCUUUGGUGUUAUUUCUAGUAGCUUAGUAAAAGAAUUUCAGCUUUACGUUUGUGCAUACUUCUUCUUACCAGCAAUAAGCUGGAUGAUGAGUGAUAAGCCUGUAUGUAAUCUUUUUUGUUGUUGUUGUUGUUUGUUUAUUUGUUUUUUUUAGCAAAGCUUUAAUAAGAAUCAAUAAAUCAUUCACUGCCACCAUGUAGCUCACUUUUAAAACAAGAAGAAAGUUAGACGUGCCAGUGAAUUUAACAACUUACUGGUUGGUUUAUCACUUCCAUUCUGAACUGCAUCUAUAUUUAUUGUAUGGAUUGCAUUGAAAGUUGUACAGACAUUCUUGUGAGGAUUUGUUUUUUUUUUUUGUAAUUCAAGUGAUCUUCAUAUUUUAUUUAAUCAGCAUCAUCAGAUCACCAUUUUAAUUUGUCUAUAAUUUUGGUUUAAUGCAGGCUUUAUGAAUGAUUUAUGUGAUGCUGAGCAGAAUGUUUGCAUGAAGAUUUAAAACUAAAUUGCAAAACAUGUUAAAUAUAUUAAAUGCUAAUUAUCGUGUGUUUGCCAUGAAAAAACAAAAUGGAAAAAGACAGUUUAGAAUUAAAAUCCAUUAAGUAAAUUUUCUCAUGGUAAACCUUUAAGGAGGCAAAAAGUCAGGUUAGCAAUUUAUACUUAUUAAUGCUGUUAAAUGGCUGAUUGAGUUAUCAGCAGUGAUACAGUGAGUUUUAUAACAUGGCAUUUAAAAGUCCACCAUCUCAGACCAAAAUAUGAUAUUUUUGAACCACAAAGUGCAGCAUUUCUGCUAAAGAUAAUCUGGAUUAUUGUUAAUGUGUCCAUUAAACAUUAUAUUGCUUUGUAAUAUUAACUUAAACAUAGUCAAUGAUUAGUUGUGUAUCUGCUGUAACAGCUACUCAGUGACCAAAAGCAGCUCUGUUUGACAAGUAGGUUUUUGCUCAUCUAAAACUAACAUACUCUGUUUUCAUAAAGCCUGUAAUUAAUAUUAAAUGGAUGUUAAAUGUGAGCAGUACACACAUAGCCUAAGCUAAAUCCUGCCAGAGUGUAUGGUGAGUCUAUCAGUAUUGUUUUGGCGGUAUGCUUUGUUUGACUUGUUUGACAUUAUUGGCUUUAGCAAUAAAAGUUAUGAAUAAAA